CGUCACUCACAUCGCAGCCGCUGUUCGAAGUCGCCGUGUUCCCCCGCUUGGUGCCGACAUAGUCCGCUCCCAGUCACCCGCACGAGGCAGGCCUUCAAUCCACCUCACAUUUACCGCCCAGUAGCUCGUAGCUCGAUGGCAACGUCCGUGACCCUGGAGCAGCUCCCGGACGACGUGAUCGUGAUGGUGCUGCAGUACGUGCCCGUAGAGGACGUCCUCGACUGCCGCCUCGUGUGCAAGAGGCUCUGCGGCCUGGCCCUGCACCGGGACGUCUGGCGCCACCGAUCACUCGAGGACGACGACGAGUACGCGGGCGCGGUGCUGCACCUGGCCCCGUGCCUCGACACGCUGAAAGUCACGGGCCGAGUCCCGACCUUGGCCGUGACCACGACCAGGUGCGCCGUGGCGAGUUUGGAACUGAUUGCGGGUCCAGAUGAGUCAAUUAACGUCGCUGAGUACGCCUUGGCCGUGCGCAACCAGGAACUCCUUGGACGCCUCAGAAAACUUGAGCUGAAUAUCUGUUUGGAGUCUGCGGCCGACGUGCUGGUGAGGACAGUCGCGAUGUGCUCCAACCUCGAGUCGCUAGAAAUCUAUGAAGACUUCCCCGAUGUCACCCACCCUGUUGUUCACGGGCCACCUAGGCCCUCGCUGACGAAUUUUCGGUGCGUGGUCGAUGAGAACUCAGCAUCCUUCGUGAACACCAUACUCGCCGUGCACGCGGCAACUCUGGAGCACGUUAACCUCGGCUCAGGUUUCGACAACGAAGAGACGACGCCGGCCAAUCUAUUGGCCAGCAUGCCAAGACUCUGCAGCCUGCGGUGCAACAAGAUGGUUCCAGGGCUUAACGUCGUGGCGGAUUGUAAGACGCUCCGGGACGUGAGCUUCUAUGCUAACUGGGAACCAGAUAACAUCGACGUACUUUCUGAGUUUCUCCGCCAAGCCACCCAACUGCGCCGCGUUCACCUGGACUGCGACGGCGGAGACGACUUCCCCCCCCGAGGCCGGCCCGAUGCUGAUCAAGGCCCUGACCUCGUCCUGGCGGCCCCACCUGGAGCGGCUGGCCCUCGAAGGGCUCGAGGACGUGCGCCUGUUGCUCCGCGCGCUGCACAUGCUACCCGCUCUGCGCCACCUGGACCUGAACGCUGCUGAGCCCGACGACGAGCUGCUCAAGAGCAUCACCCCCGCUACGGCCCCGGCGCUCAGGCUGCUGGAGAUCCGGGUCAAGUGGGGAGAAUGCCCCCACGCCUGGAUACACGGCGCCGCGGUCAAGGCGACGCUCGCGGAGAAUCCCGCGCUUCAUAUACAGCUCUGGUGCCGCCCCACUGGUGACGAGUGUGAUCCCCAGGAUUGUGAGGCAUGCUUGAUAGGCUGCCAUCGAGUAUUAAAGUGGGGGGUGGUGAAAAAGAUAGGCCUGUACUCGCAUGAUCCUGACAAGUGCCCGUCCCCAGAGGAACACACUAAUGACGUCGACUGGCAAAGGUCCCACAACCGCCAACCUAAUGUCGAGUGUGCGUGGAUUCGUAUGUGAUGCAUUCCUACACGUGGAUUACGUUGUUCCCUAGAUUAUAUUUUUUUGCAAUUAGCCUUCUGUUGAUCAGAUAAGAUGCUAAUCAAAAUUCACCCUUGUUUCAAUGCUGUCACUUUGUCGUACGAACACUUAAAUGAUGUAUACACUCCUUUUUCUCUGUACCUUCUCCCCCUCGUGAUAUGUCCUCCACGAGCGCUCCGUUUGUGGUUUAUUUGCCCCCUUUUUAAUAUGGUAGCAAAAUAUAUUUUUCUGUCAUUGUUUAUAUUAUAUGUUAUGGUUACAAUCUGUAAAUUGGUUAAAGUUAUUGAUAGCCGGUUAGAGUCCACUUUA